AGUCAAGCUACGCUAUAUUUUCUAGUAGUACCUCUCACGGACUGGUUGUAUAAACAGCAGCCGUACGUAACACCAUGCCUGAUCAUCUUGGUUCCGAUAUGCGAAAGCAGAAGAAGGAUGUUGAUGCGGAUGACGACAAGCCUUUCCAAGCAUUGGAUGAAGGAGAUAUUGCUGUUUUGAAACGGUACGGGCAAGGACCUUAUGCUGAACAGUUGAAGCAGCUUGAGACUGAUAUUGAAGAUUGUGUCAAGAAGGUGAACGAAUUGUCGGGAGUGAAAGAAUCGGACACAGGUUUGGCACCACCGGCAUUAUGGGAUAUCGCGGCCGACAAGCAAGCCAUGCAGCAGGAGCAACCUCUGCAGGUCGCUCGAUGCACAAAAAUCAUCACCGGAGAAGGCCACGAUCCGCGAUAUAUGAUCAAUGUGAAACAGUUUGCAAAAUUCGUCGUCGACCUAGCUGAUACAGUUGCUCCCACUGAUAUCGAGGAAGGAAUGAGAGUUGGCGUGGAUCGCAACAAGUAUCAGAUUCACUUGCCGCUACCAGCUAAAAUAGAUCCCACUGUCACCAUGAUGCAGGUUGAAGAGAAACCUGAUGUAACUUACGCUGAUGUCGGAGGUUGCAAAGAGCAAAUCGAAAAGCUCCGAGAAGUAGUCGAAACUCCACUUCUUCAUCCUGAACGAUUCGUCAAUCUUGGUAUCGAGCCACCCAAAGGUGUACUUCUCUAUGGACCACCUGGAACUGGCAAAACAUUGUGCGCUCGUGCUGUGGCUAACAGGACGGAUGCUUGCUUUAUCCGUGUAAUCGGCUCAGAGUUGGUACAAAAGUAUGUUGGCGAAGGAGCACGUAUGGUACGAGAAUUGUUCGAAAUGGCUCGAUCUAAGAAAGCCUGCUUAAUCUUCUUUGACGAGAUCGAUGCUGUAGGAGGAGCGCGAUUUGACGAUGGCCAAGGAGGUGAUAAUGAAGUGCAACGUACGAUGCUGGAACUCAUCAAUCAGCUCGAUGGUUUUGAUCCAAGAGGAAACAUAAAGGUUCUGAUGGCAACGAAUCGUCCUGAUACCCUUGAUCCUGCUCUUAUACGUCCGGGUCGUUUGGAUCGUAAGAUCGAAUUCGCUCUGCCAGAUCUGGCAGGAAGGGCACACAUUUUGAAAAUUCAUGCCAAGCAGAUGAGCGUUGAAAGGGACAUCCGGUACGAUCUGCUGGCACGGUUGUGUCCUAACAGCACUGGUGCGGAGAUCCGCUCUGUGUGUACCGAGGCUGGUAUGUUCGCCAUUAGAGCACGUCGCAAGGUAGCCACUGAGAAAGACUUCUUGGAAGCCAUUAAUAAGGUCAUCAAAGGUUAUGCGAAGUUCAGUGCAACUCCAAGAUAUCUGACGCAUAAUUAAAAGUGAGAGAAUGAACGUUCAUUUAUACAUGUAAAUUAUUGACUUCAUAAUCUUGAAUGAAUCAUUGAUGUCUUCAACGCAUCCUUGUUUGAUGAUGAUCAAUUAAAUUUAUACAUUUCUUCAUUAUGGUGUAUGAUCCUCCACUUCCGUAGUUUUCGAUCGCAGUCCUAAUAAAAAGUGAGUUCAUGUAUAGC